AUGGAAUACCAAUGCCCUUCCUUCCCAAUCUUUGUUUCUUUCAUAAUCUUCAUCUUCAUCUUAUUCAAAACACUUAAGAAAUCAAAAAUCUCAACUCGAAAUCUUCCACCAGGCCCAUGGAAGCUACCUCUAAUAGGCAACAUGCACCAAUUAGCCGGAGCCUUACCACAUCGUCGCCUAGGAACCUUAGCCAGCAAAUACGGACCUAUAAUGCGCCUUCAAUUGGGCGAAAUCACCAGCAUCGUAAUUUCUUCGCCUAAAUACGCGAAACAGGUCAUGAAAACCCAUGACAUCACCUUCGCUCAACGGCCUCAUCUCCUCGCUACGACAGUCGCAACUUAUAAUUACACAGACAUUGCAUUUGCGCCGUACGGGGAUUAUUGGAGACAAAUGCGAAAAAUUUGCACGCUGGAACUGCUAACCGCAAAACGCGUACAGUCGUUUCGAUCAAUUAGGGAAGAAGAAGUUUCGAAACUUAUGAGAUCUUUGUCUUCGAAUGCUGGAUCAGCAAUCAAUUUCAGCAAUAUGAUCAAUGCAGUGACGUAUAGUAUCAUUUCGAGAGCAGCAUGCAGUAAGAUAUGGAAGGGAGGAGAUGUAUUCAUACCUACUAUGAAGAAAUUUAUAGUUGCUGCAGGAGGUUUUAGCCUUUUUGACGUGUAUCCUUCCGUUCCGGCGCUUCAUUGGUUCGAUGGAACGAAAUCGAGAUUAGAGAAAGCUCAAAAAUUAAUAGAUAAAUUAUUUCAAAAUAUCAUUGAUGAGCAUAGAACUGAAAGGGCAGCAAGAAAAUCUGGUGGUAAGGAUGAAGAAGAUUUGGUGGAUGUUCUUUUGAAUUUUCAAGAGCAUGGAAACCUUGAAAUUCCUUUAACAGACGACAACAUCAAAGCAGUUAUCCUGGAUGUUUUUUCCGGCGGUAGCGAGACAUCAUCAACAACAGUAGAAUGGAUAAUGUCUGAGCUUUUGAAAGAUCCAAGAGUGAUGGAAAAGGCACAACAAGAGGUAAGAAAAGUCUUCAGGAAAGAAGGAAAUGUAGACGAAUCACGCAUUCAUGAACUCAACUACUUGAAAUUAGUAAUCAAAGAAACUCUAAGAUUACACCCUCCUCUUCCAUUAGUACUUCCAAGAGAAUGUAGAGAGAGUUGUGUGAUUAACGAUUACGACAUUCCGGUUAAUUCAAAAAUAAUUGUGAAUGCGUGGGCAAUCGGAAGAGAUCCAAAUUACUGGAAAGAAGCUGAGAAAUUCUAUCCAGAAAGAUUUCAAGAUUCUCCAAUUGAUAUUAAGGGAACUGAUUAUGAAUUUCUUCCAUUUGGUGCUGGAAGAAGGAUUUGUCCAGGGAUAUUGUUUGGUAUGAGCAAUGUUGAGUUUCCAUUUGCACAAUUGCUUUACCAUUUUGACUGGAAGUUACCUGAUGGAGUGAAACCGGAAACUUUUGACAUGGCUGAAGAUUUUGGCGUUGUAGUGAAGAGGAAAAAUGAUCUUUACUCAAUUGCUACGCCAUACAUUCCUCAACUUGCCGAGUAA